AUGACCAAUUCAGUUCUGCCCGCUGGUCUCCAAGGACUGGUGGUGCCUCGAUUCAUUCACCGUACAUGGGCCAAGACGUUCUUUUGCAAGCCCGAAUACUACUUCCAACCGCGAACCGUGGAAGAUCUCCAAGAAAUUGUUCACUCUGCGAGAAAGUCCGGACGCACCGUCAUGACCGUCGGAUCCGGCCAUAGUCCGUCGAACCUGACAAUGUCGGACGACUGGAUAGUCAACCUCGACAAAUUCAACAAGAUUGUCAAGGAGUCUGUCUCUCCGGACGGGAAAUACACGGACUUCACUGUGGAAGCUGGAAUUCGGAUUUACCAGCUCAACCAAUUUUUGGCGACUAAGGGUCUGGCCAUCCAGAACCUCGGGUCCAUCAGUGAGCAGUCUAUGGCCGGUAUAAUUUCUACUGGAACCCACGGCUCAUCUCCGUUCCACGGUCUCGUGUCCCAGCAAGUGGUGGAUAUCACUUUGGUUAACGGUCUCGGAGAAUUGGUGAAGUGUUCUCCGACGGAGAAGCCAGAUUUAUUCAGGGCCGCUUGCUUGUCGCUUGGCAAGAUCGGACUGAUUGCGUACGUUACUAUCAGAACUGUUCCUAGAUACCAGAUCAGAUCCAGGCAGGAGGUGAUCACUUUUGACACCCUGUUGGACAAGUUUGAGAGUAUCUGGACAAGUGACGAGUUUGUGAGAGUUUGGUGGUUCCCAUACACCGAAAGAUGUAUUCUCUGGAGAGCCUCCAAGUCUACCGAUCCAAUUUCGACUCCAAGACCUUCUUGGUACGGUACCAAGUUCGGAAGACUGUUUUACGAGUCGCUGCUGUGGAUCUCUGUUCAUAUUCUUCCUCGCCUUACUCCGUUUGUUGAACGGUUCGUGUUCUCUAGACAGUACGGACUAACCGAAACUUACGGGAGCGGUGACAUUGCUGUGCAGGAGUCUGUUGAAGGACUGAACAUGGACUGUCUGUUCUCGCAAUAUGUCAACGAAUGGGCCGCUCCGUUGACCAACGGACCGGAAAUCUUGAGAUCGUUGGCUGCUACCAUCAACGACGCUGCCAAGUCUAACAAGUUCUACGUCCACGCCCCAAUCGAAGUCAGAUGUUCCAACACAACCUGUUCAAACUCGUUGGAGCCUCAGGACCUGACUGAAAGAACAACCACGUCUCCAGGUCCAAUCUAUGGUAACAACUUGCGUCCAUUGAUGGACAACACGCCACGCUUGAGCUGGGUUCCACAGGAAAAUGUCACCAAUAGCCAGUUGACGCUCUACAUCAACGCCACGAUGUACAGACCGUUCUUUUCGUUCGUCCCAAUUGGCAAGUGGUACGCCAUCUUCGAGGAAACUAUGGAAGCUGCUGGUGGUAAACCGCACUGGGCCAAGAACUUUAUUGGUACCGGAGCCAGCAACUUCAAGAAAGACGGAGAGAUGAUUGGGUUCAAGGACAAGAUGGAAGAGUGGUUUGGCGAUGAUCUCACCUUGUUCAGAGAGCUCAGAAGGGAGAACGACCCAGACGGGGUGUUCUUGAGCGGUCUUGACUGGGUCAAGAUGAACGGAAUCAUCUCGGAAGAGGAGCUGGUCAAGAUCGAAGAGUCCAAGGCCCAGAAGCCGGACAUCGAGUAA